CUCCAAACCAUGGACGGCAAGAACUCGUCAGGCCGUCGUAUCUCCCUCCUGAACGACAACGAACCGCCCUCGUCCGCCCGUCUGCCCUCGCUUUCGCUGCGCUCGCGGACCUCCAGCUACGCCUCGUCGCCGUCCUCGCCCCCGACCCCGCUGCUUGUGCGAAGUGACUCGAGCGACUCGGCCGCCAUGCAGACCCCGUCGCCCAUCACGCCCGACUUCAGCUUCGAGACCAUGGGCCCCUCGCUUCAAAUGGCCUCGCCCGUCUUUACCCAGGCCUUCUACCAGCCGCCAAAGGAGCUUCAGUCAGCUUAUCCGCCCAUCCCGCAGAGUGCUGGCCCACUGCCUUACAACACCGGUGCCCAAAUGGCCUACUUUCAACCUCCGCCCGCCGAGCAGCCGUCUCCCGCCAACCCGCGCUCCAAGAAAAACAGCUACCCCUGCCCAAUGGCGAAGCAGUUCAACUGCAGCGACUACUUCACUACGUCCGGCCAUGCCGCACGCCACGCCAAGAAGCACACGGGCAAAAAAGACGCCUACUGUCCCGAGUGCAACAAAGCCUUCACCCGCAGGGACAACAUGGUGCAGCACCGCAGGACGCACCAAACGGGCCGAAAUGCCUCCAAAGGCACUGACGCACAGAAGCCCAAGCUAGAGACAGCGAAACGCCCUAGACCAGCGCCACUGCAGUCUUCGGCCCUGUCCUACACAUCUGCCAUGGACGAGGGCACUCCCAUCAGCCCAGCUUCGAGCUUCAGCAACGCCCCGGCCGUGCAACUUGUAGAUCCCUGCAUGCAUGACUACUCGCAACGCUCUCCAUAUCCCGAUCCAGCGCAGUACACUCAGUACCCUGGAUCCGCGUACGGCCUCGAUGCCCUCGCCAUUGCAGCAAGCAGCGAGAAGCGCAAGCUCGGACCAUGA